AUUGCUUAAAAAUGUCAAAUCUACAGAAGACUAGCUGUGAAGUGAAAUACUAUCUACAUCUUUGACGAAUGCAAUCCCUCACAAAAAGCCACACCCAUAACCUGCUCGGCGAAAUCCCAAGACCAAAAAAAUGCAGUCGAGCAUUUUAGAUUCAAUCGGUGUCGAAAUUAUUGGCGUCAUGUCCCCAGUCUCAAUCUGCAUGCUCCUUGUUGUUCUCAUCGUCUACUCUCUCUCCUCUUCGAACCCCUUCUCUGCGGCCUCCGCUCCGCCGAUCCGCACCGCUGCUAACCUCGUCUACCUCGAGAGCUCCUCCGACUCAACCUCCCAGAAAUUCGAGGGCGCUCUUUUAAACGCGCUCGUGUUUGUUAUUCUCAUUGCCGUGGUUACUUUUUUUCUUGUUCUCUUGUAUUAUUACAAUUGUACUGGAUUCUUGAAGAAUUACAUGCGGUUCUCGGCUUUUUUCGUGCUAGGUACAAUGGGCGGCUCAAUUUUUCUAUCAAUGAUUCAGCAUUUCUCAAUUCCUGUUGAUUCAAUUACCUGUUUUAUUCUGUUGUUUAAUUUUACAAUUGUGGGCGUAAUGUCAUUGUUUUCAAGUGGGGUACCGAUUUUUGUGAGGCAAGGAUAUAUGGUGGCAUUGGGGAUAUUUGUGGCAGCUUGGUUUACUAAGUUACCAGAGUGGACUACGUGGGCUUUGCUGGUAGCUUUGGCACUAUAUGAUUUGGUGGCAGUUCUGGCACCUGGUGGGCCACUUAAGAUGUUGGUGGAGUUGGCUCAGACUCGAGAUGAGGAACUUCCAGCAUUGGUUUAUGAGGCUCGUCCAACAGUUUCACAAAAUGGGAUUGUGCAGGGUCGGAGUUUGGACCUUCUGGUUGGUGGUGUUUCGGACUCUCGGUCAGUGGAGAUGCAAGCUAUGUCAAGUAACAACGUGGAUCAAAAUGAGAAUCAAAAUCGUGCAAAUUCUGGCUAUACUGUUAUUCAGGAUACGAAUUUUGGAAACAUGGAAGGUGUACAAAGGAGAGAUGAAGGGGGGAGGUCCUUGUCAGUGGAUAUUUUGCAUGAGAGGCACUCAUCUAGCAGUAGCUCAUCAGAGUAUUCAACUGUGGUUGGAAUUCGUGACUCUGAGAUAGUUGUUGAUGAGGAAAGGUCUCCGCUUGUUGGUGCACCAGAAAUGAGGAAUGGGGAGGAACAGAUGAGGGAUGGCUUGGAGAAUUCUGACGUUUCUAGUAGAGGUAUUAAACUUGGUCUUGGAGAUUUUGUGUUUUACAGCGUUCUUGUGGGCAGGGCUGCAAUGUAUGAUCUGAUGACAGUAUAUGCAUGUUACCUUGCAAUUAUUUCUGGACUUGGCUGUACCCUUAUUUUGUUGUCAGUGUGGCGCCAGGCUCUGCCAGCUCUCCCUAUUUCAAUAGCUUUGGGUGUCAUCUUUUACUUCUUGACCCGGUUAUUGAUGGAACCUUAUAUUGUUGGGACAGCAACACACCUGAUGAUGUUCUAAUCCUCUAUUUUAUAAGAAGAAGAUUUUUACUGUUCAAAGAAAAUUUUCAAAUAGACAUGAAUUUUGGAUACAUAGCUGUAAGUAUUAACCCCUGAAAUUUCUACUCCUUUAGGUCAUGCAAGGUCCUCAUGAUUCUAGUCCAUGAUUAGAUAAUGCAGCGAAGUCAAGUAACUGGUAAAUUCAACGAGUGUUAUCUGACUCAGGUUUAAGGUUGUUAGCUUUGUCAAAUUCGGAACAUAUUUUCUGAUGCUGAACUUCUGAACUGUGUUGACAUUAUUGUCUUCUUUUAGCUUGUAUUUUAAAUGCUAUGUGGAAAAUUUAAUUAAUUUUAA